AUAUAAACACUCUUUUAACCUUUUAUAUAUCAAAAUCACCACAUUACCGGAACGACCAACAGACCAAGUGAAAAGCUAACGAUAAUGUCUCAAUUCUCAAAGAUGGGUUUGGUCAAAGUCGCUUCCUUUCUCUUGGUGAUUCUAUUUCUCAUCAAUGGUGGUUCCUUCACCACUUUCACCGUCGUUAACCAAUGCAAUUACACCGUCUGGCCAGGACUUCUCUCCGGCGCCAGAACCGCUGCCUUAUCCACCACCGGUUUCUCCUUAAACUCGUCCAAGUCACGAGUCAUCUCCAUACCCGCCUCCUGGUCCGGCCGCAUAUGGGCUCGCACGCUCUGCAAUCAAAACGCCACCACCGGGAAAUUUACUUGCGUCAUAGGCGACUGCGGCUCUUCACAAGUAGAAUGCUCCGGCGCCGGAGCCAACCCUCCGGCUACACUAGCCGAGUUCACACUCAACGGCUCCGACAAUCUUGAUUUCUACGACGUCAGCCUUGUGGACGGUUACAACAUCCCCAUGAUGAUCUUACCACACGGCGGAGCUAAUGGAGUCGGUAAAUGCAACGCCACGAGUUGUGCGGCUGAUCUCAACGGCGUUUGUCCUGCUCAGCUGAAAGUAACGGUUGAUGCAGUGGCAGUGGCGUGCAAGAGCGCUUGCGAAGCGUUUGGAACGCCGGAGUAUUGCUGUAGCGGCGCGUUUGGAACGCCGGACAAGUGUAAGCCGAGUGAGUACUCUGCUUUCUUCAAGAAAGCUUGCCCUACGGCUUAUAGUUAUGCUUAUGAUGAUGGCACAAGCACCUUCACUUGCUCCGGUGCUGAUUACGUAAUCACUUUCUGUCCUCCUUCUCCAAGGUAA